GGGUCUUAGAAAUAAAACCAGCAGCUGAAGUGAAACAGAGAGCAGAUUAGACCUCUGCUCUCGACAUGGAGAUGACUUCAAAACUUAUGUUGCCUAUCGUUGCGAUUUCCCUUCUCGUCGCCUGCAGCCCAUCGGAUGCUUGGUACAAGCAGGUGGCCGGGCCGAGCUACCACUCGGUGGGCAGAGCAUCCGGCUUGCUGUCCGGGAUCCGGAGGUCAUCCUCGUUCGCGAGGAGAGAGGAAUCCCCGUCAGAGAGCGGAGAGUCUGCCACCAGCAGCGUCUUAUCUCAGCUUCUCUCUCAUAACUCAAUUUUAAAGACGAUGCCUCUUUGCAUUAAAGACAUCACCCCGAACCUGCAGAGCUGUGAACUCUUCCAAGAAAUCAAGGGGUCGAUGAAGUGCAAGGCAGACGUCUUCCUCUCCCUGGACUCUUCAGACUGUGAAGGAGACUGAUUGUUGUCUCUGGAUCAUAAAACCUACUUCUUAAAAGGACAUUUAAAAAAAAAAACAUCUAUGUUUAACGUGACAGGUAAUGAUCUUGAUGGAAGAAGUUUGUUUUUCAUGCACCAUUUUGCUUGUUUUUUAUGAUGAAGUAUGUCAAAUUGUAACUGUUACAGUAUUAAUGUUCAUAUUUGGUCUACGUUUUCAUUAAUAAAUGGAUCACGCUGUGGAUCUGGUUAAAAAUAUUACACGCAAAGCAAA